GUUUGUGGGUGGGACUGCAGCACCGGCAGCAGUUGUAGUAUGGGCAAUGUCAGAACUGAUGAGAAAUCCUGAGGUAAUGGAGAAGGCACAGAGCGAGGUGAGAAAGGUGUUCAAUGAGAAAGGAUUUGUGGAUGAAGCAGAACUUGGAGAGUGUGAAUACUUAAAUUCAGUGAUGAAAGAAACAAUGAGGCUGCAUCCUCCAGAGGCAUUGUUAGUUCCAAGAGAAAACAUUGAGGCUUGUGUGAUCAAUGGAUAUGAAAUCCCUGCAAAGAGCAAGGUCAUUAUCAAUGCUUGGGCCAUUGGUAGAGAUCCAAUGUAUUGGAAUGAAGCAGAGAGAUUUCUGCCUGAGAGAUUUCUUCAGAGUUCUUAUGAUUUCAGUGGCACGCACUUUGAAUACAUCCCUUUUGGGGCUGGAAGGAGAAUUUGUCCAGGAGCUGCAUUUUCCGUGCCUAACAUGUUGCUGUUACUGGCCAAUUUGCUUUACCAUUUUGUUUGGAAGCUGCCAUAUGGAACCAAUCACCAAACAUUCGACAUGUCGGAGUCCUUUGGCCUUACUGUUCGAAGAGCAAAUGAUCUUUGCUUAAUUCCCAUCCUUUAUUAUCACCCUUCCACAAUUGCCAAUCAGUAAAACUUCCGCGCUUUAGUAUUUUGGCUAUUUAAGAAAUAAGUAA